UCGUCAGCGGCUGGAGGGACGAAUCAGGAAGAGCAAAGACAAGGAAUCAGGAUUCAGUGAGUCUCAAAGUAGAGAAGAAGAAGAAGAAAACGCGAACAACAACAACAGGUGUAUACGACACAAACAACAACAAGCGAAGAAGAAGCAAACCGCAGCAGGGUGUGACGGUCCGACGUCCUCUGAGUUUACUUUGUUUUCUUCAGGAUCCAGAGCCAGCGAGGUGUGCUCAGGCCACGCCCCUUCAGGAUGGAUGGAGGGGGGUCGGCAGGAAAUCCCAGCGCUGCCUCGUCUCGCUCGCUUCCUGCCCUCACUAACGAGGAGACGCUUCAACCAGCUGAUUGGAUCUCAGCUUCUGAGGAGGAUGACGGGCAGAGCAGAGAGUCAGUCAGUCUGUCCGGGUCCCAGAAACACCAGAGUCCUGCAAAGACCCAGCGGACUGCCGAGGAACCAGACCAGCUGGGUCUCACCAAACACACAAACCACACGGAUCCUCCAACAGAAAAACAGAAACCAGAAGACUCUCCAACCAAACCCGCUCAACUAAAACCAAAGAGGAGGAAGGAACGAAAACUGGGAAAUUCUCCUCUGACAGAAAAACAGAAAACGGGGUAUUCUUCUCAAACAGAUCACCCAAAACCAGGUCAGCUUUCUUCAACCAAACCAGAUACAGAUCCAAAGAGACCAGAAGAUCCUUUUUGCACAAAACAUGAACAAAAACCAGACCCUCCUCCUCAUCCUCCUUUGAAGGAUUUAACUGUUUUUACGUCAAAACUCGAUGAGCAAAGCCAGAAGGAGCUUGAGCUCCUCAUUUCAGAGUCCAAAGACCAGCAGAACCACCAGGAUCCACCACCAGAGAAACUCACUUUAACCAUACCUGAGAGGUAUCAAGACCACCAAGACUCUCCUGCUCACAUCCAGCACACUCCUCCUCCUGCUCACCUGGACACUCAGCAGGUUCCUCCUCCUGCUCACCUGGGCACUCAGCAGGCUCCUCCUUCUGCUCACCUGAACAACCAGCAAGUUCCUCCUCCUCCUCCUGCUCACCUGGACACUCAGCAGGCUCCUCCUCCUCACCUGGACACUCAGCAGGCUCCUCCUCCUCCUCCUGCUCACCUGGACACUCAGCAGGCUCCUCCUCCUCACCUGGACACUCAGCAGGCUCCUUCUUCUGCUCACCUGGACACUCAGCAGGCUCCUCCUUCUGCUUGCCUGGACACUCAGCAGGCUCCUCCUCCUCCUUCUGCUCACCUGGACACUCAGCAGGCUCCUCCUCCUCCUUAUCUGGACACUCAGCAGGCUCCUCCUCCUCACCUGGACACUCAGCAGGCUCCUCCUCCUCACCUGAACACUCAGGCUCCUCCUGCAGAGGAGCAGAACUUAUCUUCUCCUCAGGCUCUGCCUUCGAUAAUUCAUCCGACCGAAGCGUCAGCUCCGCCCCUCACCAUUGAGGUGCUCUGUGAAAAGUCGUGGCCCCGCCCUCCAGUUGCUUCGUCAGGUGAGCCCAAACUGUGUGGCUUCCUGCAGAAGCAGGGGGGGCCCCUGAGGGCCUGGAAGCUGCGCUGGUUCACCUAUGAGGAGAAGAAAAACCAGCUCUUCUACUACCGCACACCGCAGGAUGUGACGCCGCUCGGCCGGGUGGAGCUCUGCAGCGCCACCUUCACCUACCCCCUGAAGGCGGAGCCAGGCACCUUCCACAUCAAGACACCCGAACGCACCUUCAUACUCAAGGCUGUGACCCAGGAGCUGAUGCUUUAUUGGCUGCAGCAGCUUCAGGUGAAACGCUGGCAGCACAGACAGAUGUCCGACCCGACAAACAACAACAACACUGCAGAUGGCUUCCUGCCGGUCUUGAAGAGCCCUCUGGGCCUGGUGGGGGAGGAGGCGGCCAACGUGCCGUCACAGCGAAUGCCACUUGCCAACAUGUCAAUCAAACAUCCGCUGAUUGAGAUCCAAAACUCCGUCCACAGCCUUCGAAAGAGGUCGUCUCAGGAGUGGAGUCAGAGCGUGUUUCAUGUGGAGGCUCCACCCUGGACCCCCCCGACCCCUGCAGGCACCACCAACACAACAGUCCCUCCAGCACACAGGACUCCCAUUGAGCCUCCGACUCCGCCCCCUCCCCUCUCAUUGGCCGAGCCGGCGGGUCAGGCAUCUCCGGCGGAGGGCAGAGAGUCGCCUUCGCUGUUCGACAGUUGGAGCAGGAAGACGAAGAAUCGCGGCUCGUCCACGACGCAGGUCCCCCACAGAGACACUCUGUCCUCAGACCGGACGUCUCGCCUCCAGCAGGAGAAACAGAUGCUGAUGGAGGAGGUCAAAGCUCAGAAGGAGCUGGUGUGGAUCCUCCACAAAGCCUUGGAGGCGUCGCAGCUGGAGAAGCGAACCUGCGCAGAGUUUCUGGCGGAGACGGGCGAGCAGGAGCGUCUGGAGCUGCUGCGACACCGCGAGAGGCAGGCGGCCGACCUGCGAGGCCGGCUGGAGGAGGCGAAGACGGAGGCCGAGGCCUCCAGGAGGAUCGUGGCUCAGAGAGACGCACAGCUGGCCGAGCUGCAGGAGAACAUCUUGAUGCUGACGGAGAAGAACAACGCCAAGCAGGAGGUGAUCAUUAAGCUGUCUGACCAGGUGAGCGCCUGCAUGUCUGACCCACGUCGACCCGUCUCCUCCUGUGGCGGCAGUUUGGACUCUCAGGCCAUCAGACGGCUUCAGCAGCAGAUGGAGAACCUGAAGGACGACAUCGAGGCGUAUAAGACUCAGAACAAGUUUCUGAACUCUGAGAUCUACCAGCUGACCAAACUGUGGAGGAGGAGCUCUGAGCAGGAGAAGAAUCUGAUGGUGAAGUGUGCCUACCUGGAGGCCAGCAUCUGUCAGGUGGAGAGCCGUUACCUGGGCGUCCUGCGGCAGCUGCAGGAGACCAAAUCUCUGGAUCCGGUUCAGCGGGGGGCCGUCCAGAAGAUGAUCGAAGACGCUCUGAAAGGAGAGCUGAAGAGCGUCGUCAAGCUCAACGUGGCCAGGGAUCACGAUGAGUAUGGCUUUAAGGUCAUCCCGGACUACGAGGUGGAGGACAUGAAGCUGCUGGCAAAGAUUCAGGCUCUGGAGAUCCGCUCACACAACCUGCUGCACCAGGAGGGUGCAGAGCGCCCCCUGCUGAGUCGCUGGGCUCAGUACCUCGCCGGCAGGUCCGACGACGACCUUUGCCCCUCGCCAGAGCUCAAAGCUCUCCUGAGAGCUGGCGUCCCUCACGAGUACCGGCAGCGGGUGUGGAGCUGGAUGGUCCGAACCAGGACCAGGACAAUCAGGGAUCAUCACCCACGGCGUUACCAGCAGCUGUGUGAGAAGAGUCGCACCUCUCCUCACCCAGCCUCCAGACAGAUCCAGCUGGACCUCCACCGCACCCUGACAACCAAUCAGCACUUCUCCUCACCCUCUAGCCCCGCCCUACAGCAGCUCCGUCGCAUCCUAUUGGCCUUCUCCUGGCAGAACCCUGCGAUUGGCUACUGCCAGGGACUCAACAGGUUGGCGGCCAUCGCUCUGCUCGUCCUUCAGAGUGAAGAAGACGCCUUCUGGUGUCUGGUGUCUGUGGUAGAAGCCAUCAUGCCUCAGGACUACUACACCAAGAACCUGGUGGCCUCUCAGGCGGAUCAGCGGGUCCUGAAGGACUUCCUGGCAGAGAAGCUCCCCCGGCUGGCGGCCCACUUUGAGGAUCACAGCAUCGACGUGUCUCUCAUCACUUUCAACUGGUUCCUGGUGGUUUUUGUGGAGAGUCUGCCCAGCGACAUCUUGCUGCCGCUGUGGGACGCCUUUCUGUACGAGGGCACCAAGGUGAUCUUCAGGUACGCUCUGGCUCUCUUCAAAUACAAAGAGGAUGACAUCCUUAAGAUCCACGACGGCGUGGAGAUCUACCAGUACCUGCGUUUCUUCACCAAGACCAUCUCUGACAGCAGGAGGCUGACCAGCAUCGCCUUCAGCGACAUGAACCCUUUCCCCGGCCGCCUGCUGAGGAACAGGCGAGCGCUUCACCUGGAGCGCCUGCAGGGGGAGCUGCGAGACCUGGAGGAGCAGCAGAGGGAGUUCGUAACCGAGAGCGCCGAACGUAAAGACAAAGACCUGGACACGAUGGUCAGCGAGGACGACGAGGAGCUGUGAUCUCUGCUCGUGAGCCGCCUGUUGUGAGUCCGAGUGCAAAGACGACGCUAACCGGUGACUUCCACACUUCUACCAAGACUCCGCUCGUCUUUCAGUGAAAUCCAGAUGACAUUUAGACUUUUGGUCACAUAUCUGCGUCUCCGCUAGUCACAAAUCUGAUUCUGAUCUGGGUUUGUAAAUCAGGAUCAGUUCUCCUCUAGUUCUGAAGAAUAGAAGCUUUUUGGAGACUCAGAAAGACCAGAGGAAGAGUGAAGCUGACGUUAGCUAUCCUUCAGCUAACAAGCUAACAACAUGAACAAACAGUAUUAAUGAGCUAUGAGCAAAACAAGUUUUAUCAUCUUCACAGUUUUUACUGACAGCCGGUCAGUAAGCAAUGUGACGCGGACAUUUAAACCAAGUUUUACACCAACAGCAGCUGUUAGCGUCCCGCAGCUAACACCUGAAGUGAUGAAGAAGCAGAUUCAUCGUCGGCUUCAGUGUUACCGCCAUCAGUGGACAUAAUGUUGUGAUGUAAGAGUUGAUAUUUUUAAUCUGUCUUAAAAUGUCUUCAUCAACAUACUGUGUUGAUCAGGAAGCAGUACAGGAGUAUUCAGACUGAACAUGAGCGGUCACAUCAUGUUAUCAGUAUAAAAUAAAGUAUUAAUCUGUU